GCCAGGGAUGCCAGGGAUUACGAGUUAUACCUGAUUAAUCAUUAUAAUCAGUAGAUUAAUGUAAGCGCUUGAGCCGAAUCCUUCCGCUAAUGUGAACGGAUUUGUUCGAAUUUAUUAACCUACUUUUUGGCUCCCUAAGACUUUAGUGAAAGCUGAUCUCACCAAUUUGGUUGAAAGACUCCCAAGAGGUCCCCAAAAUCCCCUAUUCUUUCAAUACCCCGCCAAGACUUUGUAAAUCGCGAAAAUGGUAUGGACGAAGGUGUCAGAUAAUCGCUGGGAGCGCCCAGUAAAUGGCCUGGAAGGUUACUUCGUCGUCACGGAGAAUAUCUCUUCUAGCUUGUGUGAUGGCCGCGAGCAUUACAUCCUCUUCUCCAAGCUUAAGCUGGAAACCAACUUCUCCGACGUAGAGUCGAAGCUUAAGCAUGCCUGGAAACAGAUCCGUUACGAGCAACCCCUGGUUGCCACAACAAUUGAGGGCAUGAAGAAGGUGUAUGAAGUUCCAGAUGAACAAGCAUUGGAACAAUGGUUAGCAAAGACCUUCAUCGUGUCCCAGGCAUCCGAUGCCGAGGAACUGUAUCAGUCUGUCUCUCCUAUCAAACAGGCGUCGCUAUACUACGUACCUAAAUCCUCUGAACUCGUCUUCCGUGGUCACCACCACACUAUUGACGGUACUGGCGUACUAUUAUUUUGGCACAGCUUCCUCAAUGCCCUGUCUUCCCCUAUCCAGGAGUUGACAUUCGGCGACGAGCCAGCUAGACUCGCUCCUAUCAUAGAAGAGACACUUGGACACCCCGAGCAGCCUACUCAAGAACAAAGCGACAAAGCGACGGCGCUUUUCAUGACCUGGGCAGGCAGUGUUCCUGGUAUUGGUCCCGUCUCAAAACUUGGUGCAGUACCAUCGGGUAAAUGCAAGAACACUGAGUUGGUAUUCCCGACCAAGACCACCGAGGCUAUCAUCAAGGCAUGCAAAGACAAAAAUAUCACAGUAACCUCUGCUGUCCACGCCGCAUACAUCACCACCAUUACCAAACAUGCGGACCCCAAUUCCAAGCUUACGGAAUACGUGACGGCGAAUCAGUUUAACCUUCGCCCCUAUUUACCAGCGCCGUAUAACUCCAGCAAAUAUGCGGUAUCGGUAUACUACACGCCUCUCCCUUAUAAGAUUGCCACGCCAGCUUCGUUCUGGGAUAUCGCCAAAUCGCUACAGGAGUAUUAUCAGACAUCCUUCAAGGGCAAGCCCGAAACGCUCGAGCUCGUCGGAUACUUCACACGCGUACUAUGUGGUGCAGUUCAAACUCCCGAAUUCCUCGCCAACCCGAUUUCCAAGGACGCUUUAAUCAGCAGUCUUGGAAUUGCCGAGCGCUUCAUGCAACAAGAGUACGGCAACGGAAUCAAGGUCAAGGACAUCAAGAUGGGCGUCGAUGUCGUUAUGGGAAUGAGCAUGUACUUUUUCUACACCUUCCGAGACCAGUUGAGACUAGUAUACAGCUUCAACGAUGCAUAUGAGGAGCCAGAGAAGAUCCAGAAGUACUUAGAAGACAUUCAGUCAACCCUCAUCGAAGAACUACUGGCGUAGAUCGGGAAAAGUUUACCACCGCGUGCUUAGGUAGAAGCCAAAAGGGAGUUUCAAGAUUAAACGGUUAUUACCAGUAAACGGGGUUUACUAGGAAAAUGGCUCUUUAAACUAGCUAGUUAGAUAUUAGCUUUACCUACUCGUUGGGAAUAGACGUCGAUUUCCUUAUACAAUUUGUUGUUAUUUUUGUUCUCCCUAGUUAGGCCUGCAUUCAGCUGAGUUACUACAAAUUCAGGCUAAGUGUAAAAGUCCUGAUGCCCAAGCCCUCUAGCGGCUUGGUUGUCAGCCUAGAAUCCAGCGAGUCAAAAUUGACGUCCUAGAUUAAUAUGAAUAAAUAAAUGAUAUUUUAGUCUA